AUGCAGUCUGCCGAGGGAUUCCGGAAAACAGUUUUAUUUGUCUCCCCGUCCCCAGGAUACGCCGAGCGACGAAACGGCCCUUCAGAACGCGGCAAGGCUGGAUGCUGGCUCGGGGGAAUUUCGGGAUUGUACCACAGUCUGACGGACUCCACCGCGGCCUUCGUCCUCGUGUAUGACACCAUCUUCCUCAUGCGGUAUCGAAGGGAGCUUCUAUCGUACGUGCAAGAGGCCGUGGAGCUCGCCAUGGAGAUCGAGGAGUUGAUGGCGCCCAGUAAGUUGCAGGAGAUGGAGAAGGACAUCUUGAACACCGCCCACCUGCUGCAAUUCAUUUUCACUGCCGGUGCGGUGCACGCCUUCGUGACGUUCUUCCUGUUUCUGGUGCCCACCAUCGUCAACGGGGAGUCACCGAGCCCCCUCAUCGAGAGGAACAUCCUCCCGCCCUACGCCAGCACCACCCUGUACUUCUUUCAGGACCUCUUCGUGUUCAUCGGGGACUCCUGCUACGUGCUGGUGGAGUACGUGCACCUGGGCACCACCCUGGCGGCCAGCCUCAUGUUCCGGAUGUUGGCGGCCAAGUUCAACUCCGAGAGCCUCAGUGACCAGCAGCUGCGGCAUCUGGUGGUCCUGCACCAGCGCCUCGUGGACAACAACAAAGCCCUGCAACAACGCCUCUCGGGGGUGACCCUGGUGCUGAUGUCCUGCGUCAUCUCAGGGCUGGUGACGUCCACGAUGAGUCUCAUGGCACCUGACACGGUCAUGUACAUGUACCUCAUCAUGCCGACCCUAGUCUUCAUGAUCGCACUUAAGUGCUCCGUGGCCGACGAGUUGCUGUCUUGGAGUGCCGCCCUGGCAGACGCGGUGUAUGCGAGCCCCUGGCUGGGCUCUCCACAAAGCUUUCGCCUCAUGAUUCUCACCGUGCUCACCAGGGCGCAGCGACCACAGAUUGUUGCCGUGCGGUUCCUAGGCCGCCUUGACCGACCCAUUGCAAGUGAAAUAUUCAAACGAUGGUACACUUUCGUGCAGGUGCUCAGUGAAUACCGAGAGAAGUGAACCGUGUGCUGGACAGGUAAGGACAUGGCGCAAUGACUAGUCACGUCGUUGAUAGGUAAUCUAUUUAUU